UGACACACAAAGCUCUUGCGUUUCCGGCCAGCUCAGCGCCUCAGCCCUGUGGUGUUGUCAGUUUACAGCCUCUGCCAAACCCAGUCUCAGUUUACCUGGAACAUUUUUAGUGGGCAGCGGAACCGGACAUCGCGGAGAGAUGGUGCUGCUGACGAUGAUCGCUCGGCUGGCUGACGGACUGCCGUUAGCCGCUUCAAUGCAGGAGGACGAGCAGGGAAGUGAAAAGUUGGGUCGGGACCUUCAGCAGUAUCAGAGUCAAGCUAAGCAGCUCUUCAGGAAACUCAACGAUCAGAGUCCCACACGCUGCACUUUAGAGGCUGGCUCCAUGUCAUUUCACUAUGUUAUAGAGAAAGGAGUGUGCUACCUUGUGCUGUGUGAAGCCAGCUUUGCUAAGAAGCUGGCCUUUGCUUACCUUGAAGACCUGCAGGCAGAGUUUCAUGAGCAGCAUGGAAAGAAGGUCCCCACAGUUUCCCGGCCCUACUCCUUCAUUGAAUUUGACACCUACAUCCAAAAAACCAAGAAGUCGUACAUUGACAGCCGAGCACGAAGGAAUCUGGGCAGCAUCAACACAGAGCUCCAGGACGUACAGAGGAUCAUGGUGGCUAACAUAGAGGAGGUGCUGCAGAGAGGAGAGGCUCUCUCGGCGCUGGACUCCAAGGCCAGCAACUUGUCCAGCCUGUCGAAGAAGUACAGGAGCGACGCCAAGUAUCUGAAUACCCGCUCCACCUAUGCCAAGCUGGCAGCCGGUGGUGUCUUUUUCAUCAUGCUCAUUGUCUAUGUGCGCUUCUGGUGGCUCUGAGAGAGAGAGAAAAGAGAAGAAGUGGAAAAUGAGCUGCACAGAGUCUGCAGACACUUAAGAAAAGCUGUCACCUUUGACUAAAAACAGGAUCCCUGCUCUUAAAGACUUUGCAGACAUACCACCACCCAUUUUGUUCUCACUUGUCCAUGGAUGUGUGAUCUGAAUAUAAAUGAUGUCAUAAUGCAUAGUUUUAUUAUUAACAAUCAUACAGUAAUGCGCUAGUGGAAGGAAAUGAGUGAAUGUGUGCGUGCGUGGGUUGAUUGCGCAGUUUAUUUGCAGGUGAUUAGUUGUGGAGGGAAAAUGAAGAGAAACAGAAAUGUCCUGUUUUGUGAGUUUCCAAAGCUGUACUGUACUGUACUGUAACAGGACUGAUUUAAUACGUUUAGUGUUUACUGUCUAAUAAUACAGAAAAGAGCAAAAAAAAAACUAUUUAUCCUAAGCACUUCAUAUGGGUAACUGCGUUCUUUAACAUUAUAAUAGUAGUAGUAGAUGGCUUGACGGGCCUUGACUACCCAGUUACAAAAAAUUGGAAAACAUGGCAUUCAUUCUUUUAGUUCUUUUAGUUGGCUCAGCAACAAAAUAGGAAAAGUAAUUAAGUUUUCCUCUUUAUGGGAUAUCCAACAUUUAUUAGGGGGUCAGACAAGGGGGAGGGUGAUGUUUUUUUUUUUUUUUACUUUUUUUGGGCGAGCAGGGGUGGAUCAUUUAAUUUUACUUACCCCAAAUUGAUAUUUCAGCCUUCCCUAGCGAGAUGAUUUAUAAUUUUCGUUUUUUAAAGUAUGCAAUAUUCUCAAGACAGUGGUUUAGUAUGCACAGUGGGUCAUAAAGGUGCCCUUAAUAAUCUUGUCACAGCUUUAUUUCAUAUUUUCCCAUCACAGUCAACUAGCUUGUAGAAAUAUGGGUAACACUUUACUUGAAGGUAUCUACAUAAGAGUGACAUGACACUGUCAUGACACAUGAACCCUAACCCUAACUUGUCAUGACAAAAUGAUGACGAAUGAUACUGUCUGACAGAAGCGUUGUGUCAUUAACGUUUAUGACUUGUUCAUGACACAUUGAUGACAGUGUCAUGUCACUCUUAUGUAGAUACCUUCAAGUAUAGCAUAACCGAAAUAUGUCAAUAAUGAUAAACAAAAAAUAUGGAUAUUCAUGUUUACGGAUAAUACUGAUUAAAUGAGCUCUACCAGCAGUAGUUCCUCCCCUUCACUUUAGCAUUCAUCAAAACAAAAAGUUAAAUGUGUCACAUCAAGCUGGCCUAUGUCGUAAUUCAAGUGCAGCCUAUUAGUAUCUCUUUAUUCUAAAAUAGAGAGUGGCUGGAAUAUUCAUACUCCCUUUAUUGCACCGUGGCUGUGUGGACCCGCACCUUUCUGUUAGCAGGCAUAUAAAAAAAAAAAUUAAAAAAAGUAUGUCUUGUUGAAGAUGCCUUUUUAUUUUGUGUAAAGUUUCCACAUCUAGACUCAAUUUAAAAGUGGACUAAGGCUGAGAGACACAGGUACUCACGGCUGAAAAGGACACCUUCUCUUUUUCUGUUCUGUCUGCUAUCUAUGAAUAAAAUCAUUUGCACAAAGCA